CAUCCAGGUUGGCCCCGCCCCCUCAUGUGUGAGCUACUUGACCUGCUAGAUAGAAGGAACCUACCCGGAAGCGAGUUCACUCUUGUUUCCCUGAUGGUGGGCGGGGUUUUCAGUCCCGCCUCCUGUGUUUGUGAACUUUGACAGCGCAACAUGGAGACUGACGGGUCCAGUUUGGUGCUGGGGAUUGAUGUGGGAACGAGUUCUGUGAAAGCCGUGUUGUUAGAUGCUGCUUCCGGGGAUGUAGUUCACAACCAGAGCCGGGACACCCGGGCUGAGGUGCAGAGUGAGUGCGGCCCACAGGGGAAAGAACAGGAAGUUGUCCAGAUAAUAAGAGCUUUAAAUGAUUGUGUGUCCUCUCUACCCAUGGAAAGCCUUAAAAAAGUUAUGCGCAUUGGAGUAUCUGGGCAAAUGCAUGGAGUAAUGUUCUGGAAAACAAAUCAAGGCUGCCAUUGGAUAAACAGCGGUAAUCUUCGAGUGUUUGAACCAAGAGACACUAGUUACCUUAUUACCUGGGAAGAUGGCCGAUGCACUAUGGAUUUUUUGGCUUCAUUACCUCAACCACAAUCCCACCUGUCUCUGGCAACUGGCUUUGGCUGUGCAACUAUAUUCUGGUAUUUGAGGAACAGGCCAGAUUUCCUUGAUUCCUAUGAUGCUGCUGGUACUAUUCAAGACUAUGUGGUUGCUAUGUUGUGCGGCCUGCAGAGACCUCAGAUGUCGGUACACAAUGCAGCCAGCUGGGGCUAUUUCAACACCAGAUCUAAAAAAUGGAAUAUUGACAUAUUGCGUGGAUCUGGAUUUCCAGUGUUUCUACUUCCCGACGUUGUUAAUGCUGGGUGUAUAGCAGGAAAGGCAUCUUACGAGUGGUGUGGCAUUCGCCAAGGGACGGAGGUGGGAGUGGCUCUGGGAGACUUUCAGUGUUCUGUAUAUUCAUCUUCAACAGAGAGCACAGAUGCAGUCCUUAACAUAAGCACUUCUGCUCAGCUGACAUUUUCCAUGCCAGAGGGUUUCCAGCCUGAAGACAGCCCUGACCCCGCAGAACCUGUUGCCUAUUUUCCAUACUUCAGUGACCAUUACUUGGCUGUUGCUGCAUCACUAAAUGGAGGAAAUGUACUUGCAUCGUUCAUCACAAUGUUGUCAGACUGGAUUGCUGAAUUAGGACUUGAUAUUCCCGUUUCCACCUUAUACACCCGUGUAAUUACAGCUGGUCUGUCUCAGCAUGAAACCCACCUUACUAUUCACCCUACAUUGUUUGGUGAAAGACACAUUCCUGAUAUGCUGGCAUCUGUAUCAAACAUCACAGCGGCAGGGCUUUCAUUGGGCCACGUGACUAGGGCCCUCUGCCAGGGCAUCGUUCAGAACCUGCACUCCAUGUUGCCCUCCAGUCGACUUCAGCAAUCUGGCGUUAAGAGGCUCAUUGGAAGUGGCAGUGCUUUGUCCCGGAAUGAAGUGUUAAGGCAGGAAGUGGAAAAAAUCUUCCCAUUUUCUAUUGUUUACGGAAAAGAUACAGAUUCAGCUUUAGGUGCUGCUAUGGCAAUGGUAAAGCAGUGGUAAGGGAAGCUUUCCUGCAUACUUUCCAUCUUAUAUACAACUGAUUCAAUUUGUAGCAGCAGUGUAUAUGUUGAUCUGGAAGAGUCCAUCUCUGCUUCAAGAAAUGCAAAUACUAUUUUAAUACUUAAUUAUAAUAGGGUUACACAAGUGAAAAUGUAUCAGUAUUUUAAAAGACACUAUUAUAAACUUUUCUUUUUCAUCAUUA